AUGACCAGGCUUCAACAAUUAUGUGGGUGCAUCGGGAAAUUGUGCUGCGGCAGCUGCAGCAGUAGUAGCGAAGAGGAAGGCAUUCGCUUGGGAAACAGGAGAACUGCAACACAGGCUGGACCAGCAGCGCCAUCAGCAGCACCACCAGCAGCACCACCAGCAACUACCGCACCAUUGACUGGCGAUGCCCUGAAUGCCAAGUAUAGGGCGGAUUGGCAGCGCUACCAAUCAUGGAUCGAGAACGCCAAUGCUCCAGGCUGCGCAAUCAAGCCUGUAACACUGACCAUGAAGGAACUCAAAAAAACACAUCGGGUUGUAGAUUAUGAAGCGCAUAACUUCAUGCAACCUUUGCAGGGCGGAGACCUUGACUCUACGGAUAUUGAAAAGACUUUUUCCAAGUAUCAUCGCUUUGAGGUUGAGCCACUGGGGGAGCAGGUGAUCCAGAGUGAAGAAGUUAAGCAAUGGGAGUGUGUCGGGGCUAUCAUUGCUGACUCCGUUUUUAAGAACGGCCAUCAUUGGAACGAGAUCGCCACGACUUUGUACGAAGACCAUCUUAAAGAGAGCAUUACCACUUUGAAACAUGUGAUCUUCAUGAACGUCGUAAAUCCUCAGACGUUUGGGUAUUGUAGGGACGUGCUUUACCCCAGAAAAGGUGUGGCUUGGGCAACUGCAGGCGGUAAGCCAUGUUUGAAGCUAGAACGGGGUACUCCAGAGUACGAGGAAAUUUUGGGGACGCAGUUGGGUAAGUCAGUCGCUUGUCUUGUGAUUUCCGGGUUCCCUAGAGGCACAAAGAGAAUCCGUCGGGUUGUCACUUGGACGGCAGCAGAAAACAAUCAUCUCUAUGUCCGCUUUGAAAUCGCAGACUCGGCCCCUUGA